AUGAUAAGACAGCUUGGCUUGCCCACAUGGUUCAUGUCUUUGUCCUCGGCAGAUACAAGAUGGCCAGAUCUUCUCAGAACCUUAGCUCAGUUAGAUGGGAAAACUCUGUCGAAUGAUGAUCUUAAAACAGUUGAUUGGAGUUUUAAAACUAAUUUAGUUCAAAAAGACCCUGUCACUUGUGCAAGAUUUUUUGAUAACAGAGUUCAACUUUUUGUCAACUCUUUCCUAAAAAGUUAUCACAAACCAUUUGGUGAUGUCACGGACACAUUCCGUAGAGUAGAAUUCCAGAGUAGAGGUUCACCACACAUACAUAUGCUUCUAUGGACAAACAAUGCUCCAAAAUAUCCAGACGAUGAUGAACACGAUAUCAUUGCUUAUGUUGACAAGUAUGUCACAUGCUCCUUAGAAACAGAUAAUCCUGAACUUGCAGAACUAGUUCAACUACAGGUCCAUAAACAUUCUAAAACCUGCAAAAAAGGUGGCAAACCAGUGUGUAGAUUUGGGUUUCCACUCCCUCCUUUACCAAGAACUAUGAUUUUAGAACCACUGGAAACUGAUGUCGCAGAAUACAAAAAAAAAUACACAGAACUACAAAAAAAGAUGAAUGAAUACAAAGAUGGCUGCGAUCUUAGUUUCCAUGCAUUUUUACAAAGCAGUGUUGAAAUGAAUGAAACAGAAUACAUCAACUGUAUCAGAUCAUCACUGAAGGGUCCUAAAAUAUUUCUCAGGAGAACCCCAGCUGAAAUGAGGGUGAACUACUACAACCCAGCAGUACUAAAAGCAUGGCAUGCAAAUCUAGACAUUCAGUUUGUUUUGGAUCCAUACGCAUGUGCUACCUACAUAGUAUCCUACAUCAGUAAGUCUCAGAGAGGUAUCAGUGCUUUGCUCGAUAAAGCCUCGCAAGAAGCAGCUGAAGGAAAUAUGGACCUUAAACGUCAGGUCAGGCAUAUUGGCAACAAGUUCUUGAACUUUGUAGAAGUAAGUGCUCAAGAAGCCAGCUAUUUAAUACUCCAAAUGCCAUUAACACAAGCUUCUAGAGAUGUAGUUUUUAUAAACACUUCCCCACCAGAUGAUAGAGUAUUUCUCUUGAAAUGUCAAGAAGAUCUGGAAAGUCUACCUGAGAAUUCCACUGAUAUCAAAGCUGAUAAUAUGAUCACCUGGUAUGCAAAAAGACCAAAGCAACUUGAGAAUUGGUGUUUAGCAGAUGUAGUAUCAGAACUGGAAGUAACAUUUCCAAAAGACCAAAAAUCAGAGAAAAAUGAUGACCAAAAUGAAGAUGAUGUAAAUGAAAAUGAAAACUUUUCGAAUGAAGAUAUUUUGGUACAUUUAAAGAAUGGAAUAAAGAUUCGAAGAAGAAAGAACAAACGAGUUAUACGAUAUGUAGGUUACAGUAAAAAAACCAACUCUGAGCAGUACUAUAGAGAAAAAAUUUUCCUAUUCCUUCCAUGGCGAAAUGAAAAUACUGACAUCAUUAGUAGAUAUACAACAUUUGAGCAACAUUAUAGAAGCAAUGCAAACAUAAUUCAAGCUGUACAAAAGAAAUAUGAGCAUUUUGUUGAGGAACUAGAACAAGCUAGGCUUCAGGCUGAAUGUGAACUUGAUGAUUUUGAUGAAGUGGCUCCAAAUACUGAACAUACUGAAGCAGAGGAUUCAGAAAUUGGCCCACAACCUUCUGAACAGUUUGUACACUUUGAUCCAGACACACAACCACAUAAAAAUUAUGAUAUUGGACCAGAUAUUGGAUUGCCAGCAAAAAAUUCUGAUGUACAAACAAGUCCUGUUAGAAUCCCUGAUGAUCAAUAUCACAAACUUCUGCAGUCUUUAAAUUGCAAACAAAGAGAAUUUCACAACCAUGUUAGUCACUGGAUCCAACAUAAGGAUGAACCUCUGUAUGCUUUUUUAACUGGAGGUGCAGGAACAGGCAAAUCAGUUGUCAUCGAUACCCUUUAUCAGACUUUACAUAGAACUCUUUGUUCAGAAGAAGGAGAAAAUCCUGAUGACAUCAGAAUUUUACUUUGUGCCUAUACUGGAAAAGCAGCUUAUAACAUUAAUGGAAUGACUAUAGCAUCAGCUUUUCACAAAAAGAUGUACCAGUCACAGCAAAACAUGUAUGCUGAUGAGCUAAACACAUAUAGGACAAAGUAUAGACAUUUAUCUGUAGUCAUCAUAGAUGAGAUAUCAAUGGUUGGAAAUAAGCUCCUAGCAUUUAUCCAUGAAAGACUUCAGCAACUCACUGGUACAAAACAAGAUUUUGGUGGUGUCAGCAUAAUUGCAGUUGGUGAUUUAUAUCAGCUUUCCCCAGUUGGAGAUUCUUGGAUUUUCAAAGAUCUUUCAUGUCCAGGUCAAGGUCUUGCCACAAAUCUUUGGAAGGAACAUUUUAGCAUGUUUGAGCUUACUGAAAUCAUGAGACAAAAGGAUGAUAUUGAGUUUUCAAAACUCCUUAACAGACUCCGACACAAUGAGUUAUCAGAUGAGGACAAACAAACUAUUUUGAGCCGUCAAAUGCAAGCAGGCUCUAUUCAAUAUCCAGUCAAAGCACCACAUCUUUUCAUUGAAAAUAGAUUUGUGGAUGAUUUCAACAAUAAUUUCAUGCAAAACCUUACCACAAACAAAGUAAGUGUCAAAGCUGACACAGAUGUUCUGUCCCAAACAAAACUCUCACUUGAUGUCAAGAAGUCUCUGAUUGAUAAGCUUCCAGACAAGCAAGCUAAUACUGGACAACUGAAGACCAUUCUAACUAUUGCAGUCGAUAUGAUUUAUGAUAUUUCUGUAAACAUUGAUGUUGCUGAUGGCUUGACAAAUGGCAGUACAUGUACAGUUAAAUACAUUGAAUACAAACAGUCCACCACUAGACCUGCCAUUGUUUGGGUAUUAUUUUGCAAUGAAAAAAUUGGAGCAAUGAGAAGAAACCAAUACCAACAUUUGUUGAACAUAAACAUAGAUAAAUCCUGGACGCCUAUCUUUGAAACAAAGCGUACAUUUAUGUAUAACAGAAAAACAUUUGAAAGGAUACAGUUUCCUCUUACACCAUCUGCUGCAAAAACUGUUCACAAAGCACAAGGUGCUACACUGGACCAAGUUGUAGUCAGUUUGUCACAAACGAAGAAACGCAAAAUACCACAUAUCCACUAUGUAGCUUUAUCUCGAGUUAGAUCACUACAAAAUCUUCACAUCAUUGACUUCAAUGAAGACAGUCUUACAAAAGACAAAGAGGUUGAUGCAGAGAUGCAAAGGUUAUCAGAAAAUGGAUUACAGCUUUGUUUCAAUCCACUAUAUCAUACAUAUAUGCAAGGUCAGUUUCUUUUCAACAAUGCGAGAUCUUUAAAUAAACAUAUAUUGGACAUCAGAUCAGAACCAAAUGUUUUUGCAGCUGAUGUGGUGGGCAUAGCAGAGUCUCGACUCCAUAUCAAUGACAGAAAUGAAACAUUUGAAUUGGAAGGAUUCAGAAUAUUUAGAAAUGAUGAGGAAACGCGGAAUAGCAACAAUGACCUUGAGAGUAUUAGCACAGAGGGUGAAGCCAUAAUUCAUGUGGGCCAGGAUGAAGAGCAUAAUAUCAACAAGGGCAUGGGAAAUAUUAGCGCAGAGGGUGAAGCGAUAAUUCAUAAGGGCCAGGAGGACGAGCAGCAUAGCAACACGGGCAUGAAAAAUAUAAACACAGAGGAUGAAGCAAUAAGUCAUGUGGGCCAGGAGGACGAGCAGCAUAGCAACAAGGGCAUUGGAAGUAUUAGCACAGAGGAUGAAGCCAUAAUUCAGGAGGGACAGGAGGAAGAGCAUACUAGCAACAAGGGCAAUGAAAGUAAAUAUUAG